CUAAAGAAUAGUUUCAAAUGAGAAGUACAGAUCGCAGCAGCGACACUCAAGUUUGCGCGGGACGGAAAAUUCAGUAAAUAACAGACGCGAUUAUCAGUUAGCGGUGUUUCAAUUUUUGUCAAAUAUUAAAGGUAUUAGCCCGUCAAACUUUCAAAUUUCUUUAUCCGGCAAUCAUGGAUUUAUUACCAGAAUUAAACUCGACGUUUUGGAGAGCUAGUCGAUUAAAAACGUUCGAAGAUUGGCCGUUUCAAUCUAUCGAUGAACCAUGUAAUCCUGAACAAAUGGCUUCUGCUGGAUUCGUCUUUAUAGGCAAUAAAGAGGAACCUGACCUAGCUGAAUGUUUCAUUUGUUCCAAACAAUUGGACGGUUGGAAUUCCGACGACGAUCCUUGGAACGAACACCUGAAGCAUCAGCCUGAGUGUCCAUUUAUAAAAUUAGGAAAACCUGAUGAAGCUUCAUGGACUGUACAAGAUUUGUUCAAUUUAUUUAAAAAGUACAUAGUGAAGGAAUGCAAUAAUGAAUUGGAUCGAGCUUUAACUAAGGCGAAAGAAGAAAGCUCCAAAUUGGUAGGGGAAAUACCUUAUAUCUACAGGGAGCUAAAAAGGAAUAUUAAAAGCUAGAGUCAAUUUAUAUUCUAGAAAUUCACCAAAAACUGAUUUUCUACUUUUUAUAUUCAUCCG